UAUCCAAAUUUCCCUUCUAAUCCGCCUUCCUUACCAAUCUUGCCAUUUCUUUCAACAUUACUUCGCUCACGAUACUUCUUCUUUUUCCUCUCUAUACCAAUACUCAAUACUCUAUCCAAUUCUUUUUUUAGCGAAUCGAAACCACUAUUUUCUAUCGAAUAUACUCGUGUAUAUAGACUUAAAAUAAGCAUUUCUCUUUUUAAGAUAGUCAUUCGGACUGGAUUGAGCAGAUUCACCUUCCAGAGUGGUUAUGUCGGCUUCAAGCCAGCCUUCGUCGAGCCCCACGGGCAUGGUCGAGGUCGAUCCUCUCGAACUCUUCGAUUUCCACGAGUACGACUCGAACACAUAUCGACCAACUUCGACCUUAGCUUCUCCAGGCGCCACCAAAUCCCAAUUCACCAUAAACUCAGCGGCAGUAACAACACCAAGUACCUUGCCAACCACGCAGGCACUAUCGGGUCCUAGUCAUCAGUACGAUCAGUAUAAGCAGCAGACACCCUUCGUCCCGGGAGCCCUCACCAGUACGAUUGCUAUCAACAAUAGUAGCCAACUUUCCGGGUAUGCUAUAGACUAUAUGCCUUCGGAGAUUGGCUCGAGCGAGGACACAUUCGACUUCAAUACUGUCCCGUCGCGGAAUAUGAGCACCACUGAUAUGGACCUUGACUUCGAUUCCCAGGCCGAGGCCUCGUUUUUCUUUCCGGAGGCGACGAUUGACCCCAACGCAAUUGGAGGAGAGUCUCAAGCAAUGACGUCGCCAACUGUUCCAAGCCAGACGAGCAAUGUGGGGAGGAUGUAUCCUGGUAUGCAUCAGCAGGCUGCAUUGGCAAAGGCGCAGGCACAGCAGAGACAACAGCAGCAUCUUAUCCAGCAGAGACAAAAUCAGCAAGCGAAGCAACAUAGGGCAAAGGCUUCUAUGCCUUCGGAUCCGAUUGUAGAGCAGAAGAUUACUCAGCUUCUUAAUUCCAUGAGGUCGAAAGCCGGUGCUAGUCCUGGCGAUUCGGGCGACAAUUCUCCUCUUCUCCAGUUGCCGAGGCCUAAAAAAGAAGAAGAUGAUAUGGAUGAAGACGAAAGACUGCUUGCUAGCGAGGAAGGGAAGAAGCUUAGCAGCAAGGAAAGGCGCCAAUUGCGCAACAAGGUUUCCGCUCGGGCUUUUCGAUCAAGAAGAAAAGAGUAUAUUACACAACUCGAGGCCGAGAUUGCGAAUAAGGUGACCGAGAAUGGUGACUUGCGUGCUCAGAAUCGUGCCUUGAUCGAGGAGAAUAAACGUCUCACCGACCUCAGCCGGAUGUUGCUUGCAUCGCCGUCAUUUUCCAAUUUCCUAGACCAUCUUAGUUCCAACUCUUCUGCACCCUCUCAACAACAACAGCAGCAGCAGCAGCAGCAGCAACAACAACAACAGCAACAGCAACAGUCGCAACGACAGCUCGAGUCUCAAGUCCCCAAAGAUGUCAAUCCCUUCAUUGCGGGCCAACAAAAUCAUCAGCAUCAAAUAGGGAUGGUUAUGAUGCCCGAGCAAACAAUGGACUUUUCUAUGCUGAAUAUCAACUCGGACUUCAAUUAUCAACCUAGGGUUUUUGCUAUUUUGGAGACACCGGAGAUGCCCAUUAUUGACACAGAAGCUUUGGCGGGCAAGGGGCCGAGUUUUGUAGAAUCUUUUUCAGCAGAUGCCGAGAAGAACGGAGCUCCCGUCCUAGAGUCACCCGUUGAAUUUCCGGAGUUGGCGGAGACUCUUGCCGAGUCGGAAGUAUCUGAAUACUCGGUCGCAGAUCUUGACGGAGACAUCUAUGAUGAUGAAACGACUAUUACAUCGUCGAAACCUGUGGAGUUGAACACGGAUAGUCUCACUGCCGUAGACAUCUUCGGCGGUAUCGAACCUGAGAAAACAUUCGCUAGAUAUGAGCUUGUUGAUUGUUCAGACGAAGACACUGUUGCCAUUAUGGCCGCACGACGGGUGGAGCGUCUCGCGGCCAGCCUUGAACCUGUCCUGGCCAGGCUAGAUAUGCUUAGCAUCGGGCUAUGA